UCGCACACGGUUUGCCGUUUUUAUUAUGUUACACAAAGAUAACCAUUGUUAAUUCACACCUAUAUUUUUACUACAAGUGGACAUUGUGAUUCUCGAGCCAGGAAAUAUAAAAAAUAAAAUUUCUACAUGAAUGUCAGACAUAUCUGUUUUAAGAAAAGAAAGACUAUAAUGAAAUUCAUUAAUAGAUGGAAAUAUAUUUUAGAAAAUACUAUUGAUGGCAAUACAUGAUAUGUGUAAUGUGAGUUUCACCCGUAGUGUAAGUACAUCCAUUCGCUAAAAGCUUCCCUCCAACCAUCGUUAUCAUUGUCAUCCUUCCCCCCACCCCCCUUCCUGUGAGAGGCUCCUCCUCUCCCCGUCAUGGGUCGUUACGGGUACGGCAGCGGCGCCUUUGCCGUCCGAGCAAAGGCCAAAAAGAAACGCCGCGGUUCCGUCGCCAACGACGUCGUCUACACCAACUACGAGAAGUUCAGCACCAUUCAGAAGUUCCUCCAAAUGCACAAGAACUCGAAGGACUCUGGUCGCAACGUUCCUGACAAGAUCGAGGAGGAGAGCGGCACACCGGAUGAGGAAACUCUCAUCCCCGGCCAGAUUCCUUCGACGCUCUCGGAAAAGAAAGAGGACAACUUCAAGAGCCUCGUCGCACCUUCCGAGGCCAUGAUGCCAGGGCCUUCCUGGUGGCCCGGCCCUCCCCUGCAGCAGGGAGGCGUCGUCAGGCCACCUCCGCAGCUUGCGCCUAAUGGCACGGUAUCCAGCGGAAUACCUCAAGUGCCAAACCUGUUUUCCGGAUUUUCUAACGGGCCCUGGCUGGAAAUUCAGGCUAAGCUCAUGCCCGAGGCAGAGAAAGCCUUGAAAUUUGGCCACCAGUUUUUCUAUGAUAACGAGGUAGGAAGCUGAUGGAGGUUCUCGCAAAACCUAAAUGAAAAAACAAAAAAACAAAAAAUCAAAAGAGGAAGGAGGGGAAAAAAGCUUAAACAAUAGAACCCUCUCUUCCCCUCUUCAACCAAAUCCCCUGCACUACAAAAUGAAUAGAGCGGUAUUAAAGGUUCAUUGUAUAUUUACGUUUUCUGGUGUGGCACUGUGGAUGUUGUGCUGCCGCCGUUUCUCUCUAUAUUUUUGCUUUCAUCAUUGUUACUGAUAAAAAAAUGUUAUGUCCAUUCUUACGUAGACAUCAGUGUUGUUAAGUUUUAACCAUUGCAUAUUAAAGCAUAUGUAUGUAUAUACACAUUUAUGUUCAUGUGCAGAUAUAUAUAUCCAAAAGCUUUUUCUCUUCUCAUGCCAUCUGCACUGAUCACUGACAACAUAAAACUCUCAAGAACACUUUAAAGCUGACGUCGCUGUUCGCGAUCCCGAAGCACCAAACCUUUAAAAAAAAAAAA